AUGUCACGACCUGACGCCCCAGUGAAACCCAAGCUCGACCUGACCUUCUACCCCGCCUUCUGCUACACUGUCUCGCCGACCUGGUCCACAUGGGUGAAGCUCACGUGCCGGGACGUGCACGAUGCUCUGAGACCCCACUACCACCGAGGGACCGAACACUCUUACACCAGCAGCGGCCUCAACCCGAGCUUGGUUCUAUUCUACCUCAACCACCCGAUCCAGUAUGUCCAAUUAAUCGGUAUGGUAGUGGCAAUCGAAGACCACUACGAGAAUGUCUUCCUGUUCACGCUUGACGACUCCUCGGGCGCAACGCUAGACGUGGUCCUGAGAAAGCCGAGGCUGAAAAAGCGGAAGAAAGCACUGCAGCAUGCGCCGAAGACCGCAGUCACAAAGAGUAGCAUUCAAAGGGACGAUAAUGAGGACAACAGUGAAGGAGAUGACGAAGAAGAAGACGGCGAGACCAAGGACAAAUCUGCCCUCCUAAAUAUUCUCUCCUCGCUGAACAUUGGGGACUCGAUUCUAGCAAAGGGCACACUCAGCACCUUCCGAGACACGCGGCAGCUGUCACUGCUCCGCAUCACACCCAUCACCACUACCACCCAGGAGAUCCACCACAUCGACGCGCGCACGAAAUUCCUGGCCAACACCCUCUCUCGACCCUGGAAACUCUCUGAAUCCCGACAGCGGAAGUUGAGGACAGCGGCGGAGAGCGAUAAGGUCGAGCAGGGCGACCGUGCUCGGAAAGCGAUGAUGAGGAAGCAGGAACAAGCCGCGUGGGAGAACAGACAAGAGGAUUUUCUUGGAAGGAAGUACAAUGAGGAGGAGCAGAAGCGCGCUCGUGCCGCAGACGAGGCAAAGCAGGAUGGCGAAAGGGUAAUGAGGAGGCGGCGUGCAUAUCAGGAGCAGUCAGCAUGA